AUGCCUCCAAAAGCUGCCGAUAAGAAACCUGCCUCUAAGGCGCCAGCCACUGCUAGCAAAGCCCCAGAAAAGAAGGAUGCUGGCAAGAAGACCGCCGCCUCGGGCGAAAAAAAGAAGCGUUCCAAAACCCGCAAAGAAACUUACAGCUCCUACAUCUACAAGGUCCUUAAACAGGUUCAUCCUGACACCGGUAUUUCCAAUCGUGCUAUGUCCAUCCUGAACUCCUUCGUAAAUGAUAUAUUCGAGCGAGUUGCCACUGAGGCAUCCAAGCUGGCCGCAUAUAACAAGAAGUCUACUAUCUCUUCCCGCGAAAUUCAGACUUCAGUUCGCUUGAUUUUGCCAGGUGAACUGGCAAAGCAUGCCGUGUCCGAGGGUACAAAGGCUGUUACCAAGUACUCUUCAUCCACGAAAUGA